AUGAAAAGCACUUUGCGACUGUCGACUGUCCUGCUCUUGGUGGCAUUCGCCUGUAUGCUCCCCUCCGGCAGCUCGAGCAGCAGUUCCACGCCCAAGAUCUGCGUCCUGAAGAACUGCGACUGGAACUCGGACACGAAUGUCUGCGGUCGCUAUGGACGCUCCAAUCUGUGCAACCGUUUCAAGAACAGCUGCGCCCUGCGAUAUGAGUCCUGUGUGUCUUCCAGUUCCGUCAAAUAUACUACGGUCAGUCUGUCCCAAUGCUCAGGAAUCAGCGUGGGAUCCCGAGGAACCUGCGGCGGAUCAUCCUCAUCCUCAUCUUCUUCUUCAAAUGUCACACCCAUUAUAAUACGCAGGGGUUGA